UUCAGCAUGAAACAAUUUUAUCUCUUAUGAAAAGGCAUGAUAGAUAGAACAGUUUUACACUCAACUCUUCACAUCAAUACAAUUUGUGCGUAGAUUGUACGUCAGUUCGCGGUUAGUGUGUGUGAAUGUCAGAGUUUAUAUACAGGUCAUCGCUGCGUCUUCACGACUACCUUAUGUGCUGACCCAGAGUUCGAGACUAGUAAAAUAAUCGUUAUAUAAUAAAGACCCUAUAGCGUGAACUAGGUGAACUGGAAUUUUCUUUAGACCAGAAAGAUGUUAAAUGAAGAUAUCCAGCGAUAUAAUUAUGCACUUCUUUUCUCACUGAAGACAUGAGCUUUGACUGAUACACUAUGGAUGAUGCAUGUACAGAACUUGACAAGCUGGUGGUCAAUUGUGAGUUUGAAAACAAGCAAUAUGUCAAACUGAUAGAACUAGAAAAACAACACAUAGAAAGGUAUCAGCAAGAGAUUGAGUUCAAUUCAAAAGAGACGACAAGAUUGCACACUGCAGUGGCACAGUUGGAAGAUGACAUCAAACAAUGUAACAGACAGUUUACUUUGAAUAAGGCCAAUAUAGAAAGUUUAAAGACAACCAGUCAUGUCCUGUCUGAACAUGCAGCUGCUAUGGCGGCCAAACUUGAGCUUUUGCAAGAGAAAAGGCAGAAACAAAGACUGGACCAUGCCACUCAGAUUGAGCACUAUAAAGAUGUAUGGGAUAGGUACAGGAUGUGUUAUGAGAAAUGCCCUCUGGCUGCAGAACUAAAGAUCCUUGAAUGUGAGAAGAAAGAACUGACCGAGAGAGUAAAAGACAAUCAACUUGAAAUUGCCACUGUGAAAAAACAAGGUGAUCAGCUUGAAGAGAGAAGUAACAUCAGCAAAAUGUCCCUGCAGCAGUUUAUUGUUAAAGUAGCAGAGCUCCAGGUGAAAAGAAUAAUGCUGGGUAAUAGUCUGAACACAUUACAGUGCCAGAAAAAUAGCGAGGAGAAGUCACUGAUGGCUGCUAGCCUUGAGAACAACACACAAAUGCUGACUACAAUGCAGCUAGAGGACUAUGAAGAGCAUAUGGAGAGUGGAGACCAGAUCAGCUCUCCACCAGCAGUCGAGGUGGCAUCACCCAUGAUUACUGUGUUCAGUGAGAGGGAUGAAAGAGAUGACGUUACCUUGGAGGGAAUGGAAUAUGGUGCACAGGACAUAGACAGUUCCCUCCCCUGUCAGGACUUACCUGCUCCUGAAUGGAUUAGCAUGUUUCAGCAGAAAUCAAAUCAGAAACCUCCGCUCACACAGCAUCUUGAGACAACUUCACCAGCUCAAUACCAUGUUAAAGAAACUGACAUGGAUUCUGAGAGCAGUCCAGAAGUCAGUACCUCCAUUCUGGAGAGUUUCCCAGAGCCUGAUGAGCCCAUGGCUUCACGUCCUGAAGAGGCUGUACAGGAGGCUCACAAUGGACCUUAUGUGUCCUACACAAAGAGAAAUGAUGCUGAGGAGAGUGUGAACAUUCAUUUGAGCACUUCCACAAAGAGUACAAACUUGAUGCAGGGCCACAGUUAUCAGCACAGCCAGUCAUCAGCUAUGACUGUUACAGCCACUAUGACAAGUAUGGGGAACAACAAUUCCACUUCUACAGUAAAUGUGCCUCUGUCAGCUCCAGCAGCUACUGCAAGUGGAAGAAGAUUCAAUAUUCCAUCAGCCCCGCAGAUCAGAAUACCCACCAUUCCAUCAGUCCCACAGAUCAGAAUUCCCACCUUGAAUUCAAGAUCUCUUCUAUGUUCUGCACCACAGAACAUCUCACCAUCUGAGUCUCAAAAUGUACCAGGUGUGUUGGUUCCUCAAUAUAUUGGUCAACCUAUUACCCGCCCUCCAUCAGUACAACACCCACAGGUACAAAUACCCAGCAACUCUGCUCAAGCACCAUUUAUGAUGAAAACUCCAGAGAUUCCUAUUUCCCCACAGUUGGCCCACUUUACCCCCAAGGUUACAUCACCUAGUGAACUAACAGGGGCUGUUCAUUCUCAAAAAGAAUCCACCAAACAGAUUCAGUUGUCCUCACAAACCAAACAGAUUCAGUUGUCCUCACAAGAAAAACAACUUCAAAGGCCUGUUACCCCAGCAUUGAGUGUACAAGUGCCAAGGUCUCCAGUGGUGACCCAGAUCCCAAGUUUCCAGUCUCCCAUGGUUACCCAGACCCCAAGAUUGCAGUCUCCCAUGGUUACCCAGACUCCAAGGUUGCAGUCUCCCAUGGUUACCCAGAACCAAAGGUUGCAGUUUCCCAUGGUUACCCAGAACCAAAGGUUACAGUCUCCCAUUGUGACCGAGACCCCAAGGUUGCAGUCUCCCAUGGAGACCCCACGGUUUGUGGUCCCUGCUGUCAGUUUUGGGCCCAGGCCAGCUGUCUCCAGGCUACAGUCUCCUAGACCCCUCACGUUUCAUGUUCCACCAAGGUCUCCCAAGCAACUGAUGGCUGUAUCAGUUGAAGAUCAAAGUCCCCAGCACAUUACAGCUUCUCCAGAACUGAUAUUGAGUUCUCCUUUACAACCAGCAUCCCAGUCCCCAAUUACCACUGAAGACAUGGAAGAAUGCAGCACAUAUUUCUUGCCGAUGACAAAAGAUGGAAGUGCGGAUGUAACAACACUAUCUGAUAGCCCUGAUAGAAGUGAAGCACUCUCUGUGGCAUCAACAACUGGAACCACAAGUCCCUUUGACAUUGAGAAGCACAGGCAGAGAAUGGCAGAGUUAAAAAAAUCUCCUGGACAGCCAACGUUUGUUGCUGACCGCCGCAUGUUUCCAAAUGAGAGUCCUGACCAUAAGCCUGUAGGCGGAGCUGGUGACCAUGGUAACAUGGAUGAAGGCAACAAGAGCAGCCUUACUGGCAUGGAUGGGGUGAUGCAAAUUGGCAUGGAUGGGGUGAUGCAAAUUGGCAUGGAUGGGGUGAUGCAAAUGUUUGCCUCCGGCGACCAUGGGCAUCAGAGUUCAGAUGAGAAAAAAGAUUAUACUCCAACAACCCCAUCCUUGUUUAACUUCUCUGACAAGGAGACUACAAGUGAGGAUUCGCCCAACGUAGAUAGGUACCUUGAAAUGUUUGGCUUUGGCUCCAAUGAUGAAACUGGUAUUGUGAAUGGCUUCAACCUCAGCCUGGACAACAAUUAUGAAUCUGAUGUCAAUAGUACCAACAAGUCUCUGUUUAACAUGAAUUUUGGAAAUGAAGCAAGUACAGAGAAAGGUUCAGCUUUCAACUUCGAUUUCGGAUUUGGUACAAGCACAGAUGCAGUGGAGGGCAACAGUGAGCCAGUGUUUAAGAUCAAUUUUGGGGAAACCAGUCCAGGUAUCGGGAACCAGAAGGAUGCAGAUCCAACUGGCAAUUACCUGGCCAUGAUGUUUGGUAAUGAGCCUGAAGGAGAUACUUCUCAGGAGCCGGCACAGGAAUUCAAAAUUAAUUUCAAGCUGGUGUAAAUAGGCUUGACUUGGUUAACAAAGAUGGACUUCAUUAUGGUAACAAAUAGGUAUAUGUAUAAUUUUAAGUUGAAUGUUAGUCUAGUUUUUGCUUUUUUGUUAUCUUCGAUGAUGAUUUGUUGUGAAGUUUAAUACUACAAAUGGAAUUUAAUGAAGUGGCUGCGUAUCUACAAGACAGGCAGUAUUUUGCCUUUGGUGUUUAGUGUGAUCAGAUUUGAAUGACUUACGUUGUCGUGAAUAUAUUGUAAGGAACAGAAUAUAAGACUGUGUAACAUGGUCUGUUAAUGGUGAUUGCAUACUGAUCUCUACAUCUAAAUGACUCUAUUAGCCGCAGAUGGUUUAUAUAAAUCAAGCUGUCUCCUCAUUAUGGCAAAUACAUAAUUAGACCUGAAUUGAGAUGAUGCCAAGUCUUACAAUAGCAAUUUAUUUUAUGUGAUAAUGUCUAUACAUGUUUACGUCCUGUUUAACAUUUUAAUUCAUCAACGAUUUGUUUUUUGUUAAUAUUUUUAUAUUAUCAAAUGCUUUAAUGUUGAAUUAUAACUUAAGUUUAACUGUUGUUUGCAAUAGAAAGAGGUAAUAUACAUGUUUCAACUAACAUAAUUGCAGUUGAUUUCUGUGAUAAACAUUUAUGUUGUUCGUGUUAUUUCAUAUUCGUGUAUUGUUCAUUUCAGUUACACAAAGUUAAUUUUAGUGACGAUGUUGAACUUAAUAUUCCGCAAUUCGUUGUUUAACCAUUGAUCUCAUGAUAUGGGUAACACAUGAAAUGAGGGCUUCUAGUUUUAAAUCGAAAUGUUUCAUUUGAAGUGCAAGCCCCGGAUGGUCAACGUGGAGCUAUGCACACGAAGAACACAACAAAAAUAUGUUACUAAUUCAUAUUUAAGUAAAAAAUUUACUCUGAUUUUUCAUAUGAUAGCAAAUAAACAUGAAAACAUGAUCGUGUAAUUGAAGAAUGACGUAAUAAGAGAUGACAAGGUAGGCCGCUUGUCUUGUAAGAAUGACGUAAUAAGAGAUGACAAGGUAGGCCGCUUGUCUUGUAAGAAUGACGUAAUAAGAGAUGACAAGGUAGGCCGCUUGUCUUGUAAGAAUAAAGAGAUGACAAGGUAGGCCGCUUGUCUUGUAAGAAUAUUCUUUAUUAUCAAUCCUAACAAUAUGUCGAUGAAAACGAACCAGUAAAGAAAGCAUUGAUAUUUGGUUAAACAGUCAGUCUUUCGUCAUGAAAUGAAAGUAUACGAUUUAUUAUGAUUUUUUAUUUAUAGAUACGGUUUUGUUGAUGUUUUAAAUGUCUGUUUUGAUUUAUUUUUGUUCAGUGUUCAAUAAAACGCUUUAACGCAAAAUUUGA